UUGUUUUUUAUAUUUCUUUGCACUUGGCAUUCGUGUGUUGUUUUUUGUGUUUGGUGUUGUUGUGAAAAGUCAACAUUUCAAUAGUUUGUGUUAUAUAGCUUUCACUUAAUUAUUAUUAUGGGAAAGGUGGUCACCACAUCCUCGUGCUCAAAGCAAGACCGCAGGAGUCCCUUGCGCAGAAGAGCAAUGCAUACCAAACGCAUACAACCCAAGCGAGGUUUAUCCAAAAGCGUGCAAUCCCAAAGUAGUGGACUUGAAAGCAUUCAAGCUCAGGUGAGUGAGGUCAAUCCUCAAGGGCGACCCAAACCUGUAGAAACCCAGAGUGGGGAAUACAAACGCGUACAAUCGCAGCAGGAGAAGCACAAACCUGUGCAUCCCAAAUGUGUCCAACCUAAGAGAGGGAAGCUCUUACGACCUGGGUCUGGAAAAACUGAAUGUGUUCAAUCUAAGAGAGGGAAGCUCUUCCAACCUGGGUCUGAAAAACCUGAAUGUGUUCAACCUAAGAGAGGGAAGCUUAUACAACCUUCAAAACUCAAAGGUGUACAACCUCAAAGUGGUAAAUCGAAAGAAGUACAACCCCUGCAAAGAAAACCCACUUGUAUUCAAUCUCAAUCUCUAGGACCUAAAUUCAUACUACCGCGACGCGGAAGACUCAUACAUCGGAGAGGGCAUCCUAAACCUCUACAGCCAAAACGAAAAAAACAUAAGCCGACACAACCUUUGCCAGGGACACCUCAACAACCUUUUACUGAUGUUCCUGUGUCACUCCGGAUACAAACACAAAUAGCGAUAAAAAAUUCACAGGAAGAUAUCAUUCAAGAAGUGUCACUUACUGAGAAAAGGAAGCGUAAUCGCAUGAACGCUGAAGGGACUGGAAAAACAUUCUUACAUACUGCAGCUUUUAAUGGAUGUCAUACUAAAGUGAAAACACAUUUGAAAAAAGGUCGUAAUCCAAAUUCUCACAGUUCUUCUGGUUGGACCCCGUUACAUGACGCAUGUCUUUACGGUUACGAAAAAGUAGUAAGAGCUUUACUUAAGGGCGAAGCUAUAGUAGACAUACGAGGUCCAAAUGGUGAAACACCCCUUUUUGACGCUGUAACUGCAGAUAAUUUUAAAAUAGUCAAGUUGCUUUUAAAAUAUGGUGCAGAUCCUCAUAUAAAAAACUUCGACGGUCUAGAACCAUCUUAUUAUGCAAACACUGCCAUCAAGGAAUAUCUACAAAAUUUGAAAGGUACCAUAUUAAGUUAUUUAUUAAUGUAUUAAAAUUGUUAUUUAUUUUAUUUGAUGUGUUCGUCUGCAGAAAACAGAAAUAUCGUAUCCCGGAAAGUCGAAUAUGAAUCGACGUCUUAAUUUUUUUAAAAUCUCGUACCUCGUUUGUCAACCACAAAGGUAGGCAACGCGUCUUCAACCUUCUAACACAGCGGUCACUGUGCUAUUUAUGAUAUUUCAUGUGGAUAUUGCUCGUUUGCCACCGUGUCAUGGGCGUCGCCAUGGGAGGUCAACUGCUAGGCCUCUAGACCUAGCCUAGAUCAUCGGCUGGCGACUCCCAUGUGUCGUGUCCUAUUGAAUUGACCCGAGCGAAGUCGGCGUCUGUACUAUUAUAAUUUAUUCGAAAAUUUAAAAAAUAACUCCGCAUGGAAUGUUCUGUAUGUAUGUUCUGUCUUAUAAUUUAUAUUUUUAUUGUUUUAAUUUUUACAAAACCUUAGCUAUAGGCUCAGUUGUAGAAAACUAUAUUCCGAGAUAAGAUAUAUAUCCGCUUUUUCUUAUUUUAUUUUCCGAUCGGCAUCAAUGUAUUGUAAUGAUGUAAAACCCAAUCCAGCUCUAAAUGUUUUU